AAAAAACUCUGCCUGCCGGUUGGAGCUUGACUGGAGGGUUUCUCUGCCUGGUGUGGCAUUCACAUCCUAACGCUCAUGUUGUAACAUCCAGCAUCGCUUGGCUUCCCCUGCGCACUGGCCUGAAUCCAGGGAUCUGAAGUGGACGGGACGGACUGAGAGACAGACUGCAUGUGUGCUGGAGAGAGAUAAAGGAGCGUAGAAGUAGAAGGAAAGAACACAACGGUCCAGGGAGAGAAGAAAGACAAGAGUCAGAUCAAGAAAAGUGAAGAUUGAUCAACUGAUUGUACACUAAAAGUCCACCAGCAUGGCAGCCAUGGAAGCACUGGAGUACGAAAGUGACCCGUUAAAGUCUAAGACCCUCACAGAGAUCUCAGACGACGAGGUCAACCUCCCCCCUUCGGAUGACGAAGACGAUGCUCUGGCUGCAGCCAAGAAAGAGCUGUCCACCUUGGGCACAGAGGGGGAAGCCGCAGAAGAUAAAGAUGAAGCCUCCAAAGGGGACCAGCAAGUAAACGGGGUCAUGGUUCUAACUUUACUUGACAAGAUCAUUGGUGCGGUGGACAAGAUCCAGCAGACCCAGACUGGGCUGGAGGCCAGGCAGCAGGACAUGGAACGGUCGGUGACCAGCAUCCAGGGCGAGCUCACGAAACUCACUAAGAGCCACAGCACCACAUCCAACAGCGUCAACAAGAUGAUGGAGAAGGUGCGGAAGGUGAGCGUCAACGUCAAGACGGUGAGGGCCACCCUGGAGAAGCAAGGAGGGCAGAUCAAGAAGCUGGAGAACAACGAGGCCGAGCUGCUCAAGAGACGCAACUUUAAAGUCAUGAUCUACCAGGAUGAAGUGAAGGUUCCCUCCAAACUCAGCGUCUCCAAAUCAAUGAAGGUCUCUGAGUCAGUGUCAGGGAGCAGAGGAGGCAGCCUGCUCGAGCUCAAAGAAGCUGACGAGGAGCCAACAGGGGAGGGAGGAGAGUUAGAGAAGGCCGACAAACCCCAAAUAGACCUCUCGUCUGACGAGGAGGGAGCCGUGGUCGAGGAUGUCAUCGAGGAAACUCGUGCCGAACGCAUCAAACGCAGCAGUCUGCAGCGCGUACAGAACCUGAAGACCGUCUUCUCGAAGGAGAAGAUGGAUAAGACCAAAGCCAAGACCAAACAGAACCUGGAGAAGACCAAACAGAAAGCCAAGGAGAACCUGGAGCAGACGAGGCAGAAGACGAAAGAUAACCUGGAAAAGACCAAGCAGAAAACCAAGGAGAACAUCGAGAGGACCAAGCAGAAGACAAGAGAGAACCUGGAGAGGACUCGCCACAACAUCGAGAAGAAGAUGGGAAAGCUUGGGAACCGUAUCAGCGUCACCGCUGAGCGCAAACAGAAGAUGCAGACAUCCCGUGACAAGGUGAAGAAGGCCUUUACACCAGACCAUGUGGUUUACGCCCGGUCCAAGACUGCUGUGUACAAGGUGCCUCCCUUCACCUUCCACGUCAAGAAGAUCCGUGACGGCGAGGUCGAGGUCCUCCAGGGCACCGAGAUGGUCGAGGUGUCCCCGGAGGAUCCCAUCAGCGGAGUGGACGGGGAGGUCGAGGAGGGCGCAGUGGAGGUGGAGAUGGAGAUGAUGAAUGGUGGAGGGGAUGAGGAAGAGGCGGAGGAGGAAGAUGAGGAGGAGGACAGCCAAGACGUCCUGCAGGAGCAUGAAGACAGAGAUAGAGACAGCGACUAGAGAGAAAGAAUGAGAGAUUUACCAACCUCCCUGAAAUUAUCCUUCACAACAACCCUGAGAUUCUUUCUAAAAGAGUAGUCUGGUCUUAAGAUUUUGGCCAUAUUUUCUAUAAAUUAUGCUAACUUUUAAGUUGAAGAUAAGUAUUUGUUGAGAUCUGGGAACACGAUGUAACCGCAUCUGUUUUAACAGAUGAUCCAAAAAGAAUCAACUGGCAAAGACGCCCAUUAGUUAGGAAAGCUCCAGGACUGAUUGAUGCCAACUGAAAUGGUCCAAACUGUUUUGAUCUAACAUGGGAUCUUAGUAUUAGCGGGUAAACAUUGUGAAGAUGGAUUUCUGAGUGCAGCUGAUAUAAGCAGUGCUAGCACUGUCUGUCUUCGAUCUUUUUACUGCUAGACGUUCACAUUUAUAUCACAAAGUGCUGUUUCUCAAGUACUGUACCCAAGUGAUAAUAGAAGAGUUAAACCUGUCAUGAUCUGCAUGCAAACAUCUCCCCCUUUACUGGAUCUAAAUACAAACUGUUCCGACAAGAUGCUAGAGAUGCUUCCAUUUCAUCUACAUCUACAUGUAGAUGUUGGAGCAUUGUGGCAGUAAAUGGAAGCUGCAGGCGUACACAGUUUUUCUUUAGUUAAGUCAAAGCAUCUGACAAGGAUUGCUGACCUGUGGACAGUUGUAUUAUGCCCAGUAAACAAAAGCAAGGCUUUAUGAGUCAAUCCAGCCCUGUCCAGGGUAAGACUAACAAAUAGCUUCUUAUUUAGUACUGUUUUGCCACUUCCUGGUAUGAUCUCAUCCACGAAUGACACACCAUGACUUCCUCUGAACUCAACGUCUUGAAUUGUCAUUUCAGUCCAACCGGUACCCCACAAGAAUUAUUAGCCAAACAUUUAGUCCUCUAAAAGCAUGUUUGUGACAAAAUGAGGGCGAAAAGCUGUUGAAAAGCACCGCUAGCAUCUUAGGUCAAGUCAGGUGUGGGAGCAUAUGCCGAUUUGUCGUUUUGCCACAUCCAACUUGGUCCACUCUGGCCUCCUCAUGGCCAUUGUCCAGGCAAAGAGUUAUUCCCAUAAGUUUCCCAUUUUUGUUCCCAGAUCUCAGCAGUAAACUUCAAACAGGGUUACCAUAAUAAAUGGAAAGAUGGCCAAAAAACAUCAAAAGACCAAAUUUGGGGGAUAAAAAAGAUCACUUAGCAUCUUAAGGUUUUAAAAAAUAUUUCUAAAUAAAAUCCUCCUGAUAUUUGCUAAAGCACUUCAAGUGUAUUUUAAAGUCUGUUUGUGUUGGGAUGGAGUAGGUGUUCAUGAUAUUAGAAAAGAGAGGGAGGGGUAGAGAUGAACAUGAGAACCAUUGUAAGAAAAUUUAACUUGUCCAUGUUCCUUCAUUUUUUAAAUCAAAGUGCAAACCACUCACCGAAGUGGAACCAGAAUACACAAAAGUAUCGUCAUCCUGUUCACUGCAUUAUAUUCUUAUGUGUUGAAAAUAAUUUGUUACAUGUUGAAGCUUAUUUUACAUUUCAACGACACAAAUCUGUUCCUUUGACUCAUUCAUUCAUAGUUGGGCUGUCUAAUCAUGUUACUCUGCUUUUACUCAUUAUCUAGCACAUUGAUUCUGUUGUCAGUCUAGUUUUUUGGAGCUCACAGUUGAAUAUUUGUGUAUGAUUUUUGUAUGUGAUCACACGUUACACAAGCCUGAUGUCAUCUCCUCAUUAGGAGCCUCGUAGUCGACCUUUCAGCUGCUUUUUCUUUCGUUUCACUGCCAGUUUUCCCCAAAACUAACCAGCGCCGAUGAAAAUGAAGGUCUGCAGAAACACAGAGCAGAGAAAGCUCAUUCAUAGGUCCAUUUCAUUACACUCACUGCUAGUAUUCACGCUUUCAUCCUUGUUUUUUGUGCUAUUUAAAGAUUUGUAUAACUGAGAUAAGGACCAACUCUUCAAACUUUUGGUAGAACUCACUGUGACUCUCCGGUCCAGUUUAUGUGCAGAACAAAGUCUCCAAACAUGACUGUUAUUCCUGCAGUGUGACACUGCCCCCUAGUGUCCAGUCAUCUCACUAUCGGUCUAAAUUAAAGGUGCAUUUCACCUAAUGUGUUACUGCUCUUUUUAAAACGAUCUUUUUUUAUCAAAAAUGUCCACAUUUGUGUCAUGUUUUUAGAGUAAUGAGAUGUAAAAAUAUGUUUUAUAUAGUCACCGCUCCUGGUGGUUUAUUAUAAGUGCCUUGCAAGAAUUAAUUCAAGAACUAAUGUUUGAAAUUCUUGAUUGUUCUGCUCUGACUGCAUUUUUAAAGCACAUUCAAGACAAAUUUGCAUUCUUUUAUACAUCUAUAAAAACAAAUUACAGCAAAGGCAGCAGGCCUUAAACACAGGCAGAUUUAACACAGCAAAUGUAGGUAAAUGCAUGGGGCUUCAUGCACCAAAAAGCCUUAAAGCAAAGGUAAAUGUGCAUUACAUGUUAAGUGCACAUUAAACACAGUCCCAAAAACACAGAUUUGUAUUUUGAAUGUAAAUAAGGUGCUAAUAUUGCAUAAAGUAGCAGAAAAAUAGAGUUUAUGUCCCAAUUCAUCUUCAUAUCACAACCUAGAGCAAUGUAGAUCUUUACAGAAAUAUCAAAUCUAUAAAAUAGAGGAUAUCUAUGUUAAAAUCAAAUAAGUUCUGAAAUAAUGAUAUGUGGCAGAGGAACUGUUGUCACACCUAAAGUGCACACACUUUUUUAAAGUUAGGCUCUUGAGAUGCGGAGGUACAUUCAACCAACGGUUUCCUGAACUUUUAGUUCCAGGAACUUCUCUUUAAGGAGCUUAAAUGGUUCCUGUGUCCAACUGUUGUCUGCAUUUCCACCGGGGUCUAAAGUCCCAGGAUCAUAAGCCAAAUCAGGCAUACUGAUAAGUUUCAGGAGGAAAUAAUAAAUCUGAUUAUUUACUAGUUCUAGCAGGGGCGUAGCUAGGGAUUUUGGGCCCCCAGAAAGAAUAGUACACAGGGCCCCCCUUAACCAGAUUGCCAAGCAACAAAUGUUAGAUCAUUUUUACAAAUAUCUCUAUAUUUUAAUGUAUUUUUGACCAUAAUUUCUCUAUUUAUGAGCAAUAAUUUUACUAUAGUUAAAUUAAAUUUACUAGCAUUAUUUUUCAGUGCUGGACAUUUGGACAUUUUUUAGGGAGGAGCAGCCCACCCCCACCCCCAGUACUUUAUUUUAUACUAUUCAAUAUAAAUUUCAGUCUGCUGAAAAUAAAUAAAAACACACUUUUCAUUGCAGACAUCUCAAGCCGCCCCCUUUUCUAUUAGCAGAAAGUGUAUUUGGAGUUCUAAUUUUAUUGACAUAUUUGUGAUUUGCACAGUUUUUUUUUUUUUUUUACAAGGAUGCACAAUAUUAUCAGUAUGAUAUCUGUAAAUGCAGAUAUGAACAUUUCUGCUAGUAUUUUGGCUAUAAGAAUCUGCCCAGAGCAGCUGAAUAUAUCAGCCUUAUGAACAAAUAAAUAAGCUUGUCUUUUUUCUUUAUUCAUCAUCAUUCCUCACACUUUUAAGUCUGUUUAAAUGACCUUUAAUAUGUUCUCAAAGUUUAAAGUGUGUGUUUGGAAGACUGGCAUUUUAGGUUUGAACCACAUUUAAAUAUUGGUAUCAGCUAAAACUAAAUUGUAAAUGUGGGCAAUCAGAUAUCAGCAAUAGUACAAGGAACAGAUUUUAUUUUGAAAGGCACCUUCAUAUGAUCCUACACUUGAUCCAAACAAGGCAAAUGGAUUUGGUUGUUUUGUCUCACCUCAGAAAAAGCUUCAACUCAAAACUUGACAAGGACCAGAUAUGUUCGAAAAACUAAGGAUGCACGAUAUUUGAUUUUUGCCGAUAUUCGAUGUGCCGAUGAUCUCAGCUUAACCCAUAUCAAUACUGACUUAUACACACCUAAUUUUUAUUGUAAAAAAUCAAAAAAGGUGAGGCUGAGUCAAUCAGAGCUGAGUGUGGUGGUGGUUUUAAGCUCGGGGCCUCUUUUGAACUGUUCAGGGACUUCUUACUUGAAUGUGUGCCGUCAUAAACAAGAAGUUACCGAUGCUGCAGUUGUACAUUUUACCAAUUUUUAAAGGUGAUCUAUGAUUUUUACUGCCGAUGGGAACGGCAAAUAAAUGGGCUGUAAAUAUUGGCAGAAAUGUUCAUAUUUGCUGAGACUAUCUAACUAUUAAAGCAAAUAUCUGCUGGUACCGAUAUCAUGCCUGACAAUAUUGUACACGUCUAUUGUUGACCAUAAGAAUUUGGGCACAAGAGUCAUUGGUAUUGUCGUUGAUCUAGUAACCAAUCAGAAUCAUUCAGUACUGCAGCCCCACCUCCUAAAGUUCCUGGGCCUUUGAGAAGUACAAAUCCCUGAGCAGGGGCUCUACAAAGUUGGAUUUUUUACCCCAGACAUAAAAGCAGACCAGAGUUCCUGAGGUCAAAAAGCCCCUAAUGUUAUCAGAUUAGAGACGAUGAGCAAGGACCAGUUGCUCACCUUUGGGUUUAUCCUACAGUUCUGUAAUUAUGUGACUUUGUUGACUGAAAUGAAUUCUUCUAUAGCUGUGAUUGCUUUAAGAAAAGUGUAGAAAAGCCUUUAAUUGCUCUUAACUUGAAGCACACUGACGGAGAAAUCCACCUACAUAGAUCAGCAGUCGAUCAAAGAGGAAGAAAAGAGUUUGUGGUGAUAAAAAUAUUACCAAAGAUCACAGCACUACCGUAUUUUACUGUCAAAGUUAAGCUUCUAUCUCAAACACGUCACAGUUUCUUCUUUUUUGUAUAUAAUGUGAAUCACUGCCGAUGCAGAUCAUCAUAUCUACCAGAGAGCCUCUUGCCUUCCAGUGCCUGCUCCUUUUCUUCAUUUUUAUCAGCAAAAUUAUUUUACUGUUUGCACAGAUUUACUGUGCAGCGCGUGUAUCAACACUCCUACAUGUAAAACAAUGAUGAAAUAUUGUAGAUUCUUAAUGCACAUUUAGUGAUUCUCAUGGUGUUUUUAUGCUCAGCCUUUAAAGAGAUGUACCGAUGUCUGUCAGAGCAGUAACAACCUGCAGCCGUGCCGAGGCCUGAAACAGCCGAGCACAAAAUGUAGUUCACACUUUCUUUGCUUUUGUUUUGUUGGAAACUGUUUCCUGUUUAAUGUUUCAUUGCUUAACCACUAAUGAUUUGAUUAAUAAAAGCUAUUUGGUUCACA